AUGGCGAAGGCCCCGGUCCGAGGCUUCGGUGUCUGCAGCGGCUGCCGGGGCCGGGCGGGCGGGCUCCGGGCGGGUCUUGACCCUCGCACGGGAUUGCUUCGGGUCCUGAGGCCUCCUUCACGUUGCCCUGGGCCCGCCCGCCUCCCCUCGGCGCUGCGGAGGCUCGGCCCAGAGCCUCUCCUGCCAGGUGCCAGCAGCCCCGGAGCUGCAGCCUCUCCCGGGCCCGCCCCGGCGCUACUCGCUUCCCGCGGGCACUUCCCAGGCCCCUUGUCUGGGGUGCAUGCCCGGGAGCCAUUUAAACCUCGCUGGGGCUUUAACAGAAACGUGCUCCCACGACCUGCAUUUCGUCCUGCCACUAACAUGAGCACCGGCCGGCCGUGCCCGGAGCCGGACUUGGCCGGGGGCGCGGGCUGCGCCUGCCCCUGGUCCGCCCCCACCGGGGUUUCCAAGGAGAUUUGGGCCGCCGUCUGCUCAGCGGAGCCGCCGCCGCCGCACAGCCAGGACCGGCGGGAGCCCCGACCGCCCGGCCAGUUUUGCACCCCGCAGCUCGGUGCCCAGGAAGCGGUGUGGCAGGCGGACCAGCUGUCCUCCCAGCUCUACAGAAACAAGCAGCUUCAAGAUGCUUUGCUUCAGAAGGAAGAGGAACUUGCUAGGUUACAUGAAGAAAAUAAUAACCUCCGACAAUACCUGAAUUCAGCCCUGAUUAAGUGUUUAGAAGAAAAAGCCAAGAAACUGCUAUCCUGCCAUGGUCAAAAAACCUGUGCUACUGUCAAAAGCACCAAGAGGAGAUUAAAAGAAGACCACUGCUUUGUUCCUCUGGACACUCCUCAUGCUUCCAAAGCUAGAAGGAACCUCUUCAAUGAAUUCACUGCCUGUGAAGAGCAGCCCAGCCCAGCUGUGGACAGCUGGGUCUUGCAGACUUUAGGUUUAAAAGAUGUCAACACCAUAGAUGAAACUUCAGCUAACUACAGUGCCCUGUCCUCAGACCUUGGAAAAGACACAUACUGCCUGAGCCCUGGUGAAUCAGCAGACUAUGACCACAGUGAAGGAGCAGCAUCAACAUUUACCUGCAGCCACGUGCCUCCAGCUAACAGUAGUACCCAUCCACAGAGUGAGGAUUCCCCCUUCGUUCCUCAGUUUUCUUCAGCACCAUGUGUCUCCUCAGCACCAAGCCUUUCCUCCCUCCCGGCCCCUGAGUUGCCUUAUUUAACUGGUGACUUUUCACCCAACAAAACAGAAGUGGCCUUCACAACAUCUCUGAGUCCUCACCGCAACGUGAGAACACACACCUUCCACCAAGGACAGGCCUUUGUGUGCAGGGGGGAUGAUGGGGGAUGGAGAUUCACCUGGGUGCCCAAGCAGGCUGAAUGA